AUGGGACAGGAGAAGGAGUCGGACGCUGAGGCUACCCAGACUACCGAUAUCGCUAAGGAUAGAAAAGGAGAAGAGGGGGACAUAUGUCUUCCGAUUUCAUCCGUACGAUUCCCCUUUCUUGCAGCUGGAGUCGUCCAGACAGCAGUGGCGGCAGCUUUCGCCCAGUUGGCAUCUGAAUUCUUCAGGUUUGCGGUCGUGACCGUACCCCCGACCGCAUCUCCGAGAGAGCAGCAGCAGCAGCAGCUACACCAACAGCAGCAUCAGGCGCAUCUUCAAAUAAAAACAGAAAAAGAGGAGACAAUUAAGAACGACGAGGCACCUAUAAUGGAUGUUAACAAUACUCCGAUUUCCUUCCCUUCCCAAGAAGCUCACUUCAAGCGCGAUGAUAUCUCUGUUCCCAGUUAUUCGCAUCUUGGCAUUUCGAGUCAGCUGACUCCGCCUUCAGGAUAUGGCAGACUGUGGAAUCCUUUGUUCUGCCUUCCGGGUGUUAGUUGUGCUGAUUAUCUACAGACGGAAGCGGAGGACCUAUCUCUGCCGCGGCGUACUGCCAGCAAAAGUAGGCGACUAGCACCAGAGGAGCACCAAGUGCGAUUUAAAUGCUGCUUCCCCGGCUGCACCAAGGCCUUUCCAUAUCAAUAUCACCUGACCAAUCACUAUCGGGUCCACACGGGUGAGAAGCCCUUCAAAUGCAACCAUCCAGGCUGUCUGCUCUCCUUCGCGAGGCAGUCUAGCCUCCUGAAUCAUAAGAAGGUGCAUGUUGCCCGUCACAUGCGUCGUGUCUUUCCCUGCUCCUUCCAGGGCUGCAACAAGACCUUCCUGAAGGCCUCCAGUCUGGCAGAUCACAUGAACGUGCAUCUGGGCAAGAGACCCUACGUCUGCAAACACCCAGGAUGCGGGAAGUCCUUCCGCUGCCGUAGCAACCUGAGCGGUCAUCGUCGUGUCCACUGCCGUGACUGGGUGGAGCAUCAGGAGGAGGCGGGGGCGGAGGAGGAGAAAGGCAAGGAAUUGAAAGCCACACACAGUCAACUCCCCUAG